GAGAAAAUGCUCCCGGUGCUAGUAAUCUUCUCGCAAAGUCAUGUAGACUUCAGGAUAGCAGAAUUCGAAGCAAUUUGCUCAAUGUUCUCAAUAAAAGUAGAUUUAUCGGAAAAGCUGAACACAACGGACCACAUGUUCAUCGUCAAUUUCGAAAGCCAUCUAGAAGUUCGGAAGCUGCUUUCACGAUCGAUUCUAGUCAAAUAUGCAAUUGAAUUAUCGAUCGAGGCAGAGUCAUACGAUAUUAUGUAUGAGCAAAUUGAUAACAAGCCGGAAAUAAUAGAAAAAUUCGAUAAAUUAGAGGAAAGCUUUGCGAUUCGAUUCUUUGCAAUCGGGCGGAAAAAGAAACUUGACAGUAUUGAACGGAUUAAAGCUUUCUUAGACGUGGUCCCAUUCAAUAAAGCGCCAAUUUGCCUGAAAUCCCCCAAAAAUGAGCUGUUUCUAGUGGAAGAAUACGAAAAUCCCAGUGAUGAAGCUCCAAAGAAAGUUUAUUUCGGAAAACUAAUUGGUGAAGGACGAGCCGAGCUGAAAACCAAAUAUAAUUUACGUGAUAGAUGUUAUAUUGGAAAUACAACGAUGGAUCCUGAAUUAUCUUUUAUUCAGUCAAAUCUGGCAAUGAUAAGCCCUGGCGACAUUGUUCUCGAUCCAUUCGUCGGCACCGGUGGCCUGAUCCUUCCAGCUGCGGAGUUCGGAGCUUUCGUUAUCGGAACUGAAAUUAAUUAUCAAACUGCACGAGCUCAAGGACGAUCUUCCCGGCAAGGUGUCGGGCAGCGAGGUGAAUCCGAGAGCAUUAAGGCGAAUUUCGAGCAGUAUAAGUCGGAGAGUCAAUUUCUAGGAGUUUUGAUCGCCGACUCCAGCAAACACGGAAUUUGGAGCUGUAAUGCGAAAUUUGACGCAAUUGUUGCAGAUCCACCUUACGGAGUCCGGGAAAAGGCGAGGAAAACGGUUAAAAAUAAAAAAGUAGAUACUACGGAGGAAUACGUGCAAUACCAGCAAAAAGAAGAAUACGACCUGGAAGCUGCAUUCUGUGAUCUUCUCAAUUUAUCAGCGCGUCUUCUAGUGAUCAACGGACGGAUUUCCUUCUGGUACCCGGUUAUUCUCGAGAACUACUGCGCUGAAAACCUUCCAAACCAUCCUGCAAUGGAUUUGAUUUCGAAUUGCGAGCAGCCAUUGACAAGGAAAACCAGCCGGCGGCUUCUUAGCUACCGAAAAAUCCGGGAUCCCGUGAAUGAUGAAGCAUGUGAAAUUCAAAAGACAGGAGUCAGCCACUAUCGGAGUGUUUUGUUUUCUUCUGCGAAGCCGAAUUAAAAUUAAUAUUAAUUAGCUAUUUAAUUUUGUUUUUUUAAAAUUGUUUUUAAUUGUCUGUUAACUUUUUUUUGUUUAAAAUUGACUUUUCCAAAUAAAAAAUCCCCCAAAUUUGGGGGACAAGACUUG